AUGUAUUGGAUGUACAUUAUUCUACUUUUCAUUAUUGCUUUAUUCAAUAUUAAUAAACAGAUAGAAGCUGGUACAAAAACACAUACUACGGUUGUUGUAUUGAAGGACGGCGAAUCUGGUAAAGCAAAUUCUUCCGGAAGCCCAACUGAUCCUACGAAGUCUGGAGAAAAUAACUCCACUGAAGUGAAACCAUCAGCAGGGGGACCCUCGAAUGAGAAGGAUGGUAGCGGUCCAGGACACAUGAAUCCUUCUACGAAUUCAACUGAUGAAAACGACAAGGAAAAGAAUGAUAAUGGAAGCCCAAGUACAUCAGAAAGUCCUCCUGAUGAGAAAAAGAAUAACUCAAAUGAUCAUAAAGGAGGAAAGUCACCAGAAAUCCCAGUCAAGAAUAAUGUUUCAGCUUCCCCUAAAUCUACACCGGUCGAACAGUCUACCUCUGCCAACAACAACAACAACAACAACAACCAUAAUCACACAAUUUUCACCAAUGGAAAUCUCUUCAUAUCUUAUCCACAUUUAUUGAGUCAUAAUACAAUCAAUGAAAGUCUCCCAGAUUUUUCGAAUACAGCACAACAACAACAAACAUUUUCACUUCAUUCAUCAACUGUUUCGGGUGUGAAUAGAAAACCGUCAAAUAUUGACUUUAUUACAGAUGGUCAUUUAUUGCCAUGGCGUAAUUCUUUUAUGGAAAGAAAUAAAAAAGGAACUCUUACUGCUAUUUCAGCAUUAACAUUGGUACCAAAUACACUGAGUUCAGAUCGUCAACAGAUUAUGAACUCAAUACCAUGGCUACGGACAAAUUCCACAUCUCAUAAUAGCAGUAAUAAUGGUUUUCCCUCUGCCUUUAAUCAUAUUACUAAUCAUAUUAAUAAGAAUAAUGACCAUUCAAGAUUUGGAGCAUCUAGUGCAACAAUUCUAUUUUCCUCAUUGAAUCCACCGAAUGGUAUGCCACGUUCAUGGUGGUUACCAUGGCGUAGAAGUAUGCGAAAAAAACGUCGAUUAUAUACACACUUACAAAGACGUCAGGAAAUUCAAUCAUUAUCUCAACGUGGUCUUUUAUAA